AAUUAUAAGUAUUGUUUUUGGAUGUUCACUUGUACUACAAUUACAGAUCGGAAUAACGCCGCGCGUUUUCAUUGAAAUUACGCAUUGGAAAGACUGAAAGAAAUGGAGAAAAACAAGCAAGUUAAUGAAUUUGAUUUCCCGCCAGUUUGGAAGGAUAAUGUCAAAAUGAAGGAGCUUCUGUCGACUUUUCAUCCACGUUAUCUAAGUCCGGGAAACUACGACACCAAGAUGACAUUCUGGACGGAUCUUAUAAAAAAGCAUUGCGAUUAUUUCGGCAAGGCUAACUUUAGUUUGAGAGAAUUGCAAUUUCAGUUCAUGCGAGGAGAACAGAUACCCGCCUGCCUUGAUACGGUUAUUGCUGAAAUGGAGCAACGAAAACAGAUCCGUUCUCGCAGUGAAUUUGAAUACGAUCCAAUGAAUACAUGGAGUGGUUGGCUUCUCAAUAGUUUUGUGAAGCGCCCUCUAUCGCAAAGUUGGCUGAAACUCAAGCAUAGCAUCAUUGCCGAGGACGUGGGAGCCCGAUCUUUUGUGGAAUAUAUCCAUGUGGAUGUAAUGCUGAGCCUGUGUAAUGAAAUGGACGAAAAAGUGUUGAAGAAAAAUCGUGGAAAGUUGCUGCAUUUUGAGGCUUUCAAGUCGAUUUGCAAGGAAUGUCAAAUGAACAUUCACAAUAAUUGCUUGGACUUGUGUCUAAUAUUGCUGCAGGCCCGAAGAUCAAUAAUCAUUGAUUAUAAAAUGGAAAGACAAAUAAGAAGUAUACACCUCAUAAAGAUCCCAGCUAAUGAUCAUGAAAAUUUGAUUAUCAGCGAAGCAGAUCGUGCAAUGCAUAAUCUGGAGAUGACGCAAACUAGUUUGCUGAAACAGCUAGAGGAUCUUGAGGAGGAGAUCAAAAUGAAUGAUGAUAAAGCGCGCCAAUAUGUUAGGGAAAACAAGAGACAAUUGGCCAAGACGUACUUACGAAAAAGACGUCUGUUGGAAAAGAAUCAUGAGAGACGCAGCAUAGCUCUACAUAACAUAGAAACACUGCUGUCAAAUGUGGAUGAGGCACAAAACAACGGCGUUGUGCUUGAUGCCUACAAAAUUGGAUCAAAGACUCUGCAAAAGGUUCUCAAUGAAUCGGGCCUGAAAUACGACAACGUGGAUGAGGUGCUGGCCGAUGUGCGUGAGACAUUAGAUCAGCAUAGGGAAGUUCAAGAUGUCAUGUCAAAUAGCGUCGCCGAAGUUGCCAGUCCCGAUGAGGAUGAGCUGGAAAAGGAAUUGCGAGAAUUAAUGGGCGAAAAGGAACCAAUCAACUUAAAUCGUACUAAUAAUAAUAAGCCAGAGAUUGUAAUUAAUGAUGCACAGUUGCUUGCAAUGUUGGAUGAUCUGGAGGUUGAAGAUGGUACAAUCUCUCAAGCAAGCCUUAAAACACUUGAGUCUGCGUAAAAUAUGUUAAAGUACACAUUUAUAUUUGUGAGAUUAUUAAUAAAUUAAAAAUGUUACCUAUAUUUUUCUUGA